GUUUCCUUCGCUCUUCGUCCCUUCAUCAUGGCUCCGCCGGUGUUCGCAUCUGUCCUUCUUCUUCUCGCGCUUUCCAAGACGUCUUGGGCGCAGAACGAGAGCGUGUUGGCGAUUGACCCUUUACAGACGCCUUACCCAUACUAUUUUCCUCCCAUUGGGAGUGCGGAUACUCCGGGCCUCUUUCCCAUGCCCGCAUGCCAUGGUAUUACCGUGGAAGAAGCCACCAUCGACCAGCUACAGGGCUAUAUGAGCGACGGGACCCUGACUUCGGUGCAACUGCUGAAGUGCUAUAUCAAGAGGAUACAACAGGUCGAUGAAUAUAUCAAUUCGAUCAUCGAGCUCAAUCCGGAUGCGGAGGAUAUCGCAGCAGGACUAGAUGCCGAGCGGCAAGCCGGGCACGUGCGCGGGCCGCUCCAUGGCAUCCCGUUCGUCGUCAAAGAUAACAUCGCUACGAAAGAUCAGAUGGAAACGACGGCGGGAAGCUGGAUGUUGCUUGGGAGCGUGGUACCGAGAGAUGCGCAUGUGGUUGCAAAGCUGAGGCAGGCUGGCGCGCUUCUCAUGGGAAAGGCUACAUUGAGUGAGUGGGCUGAUAUGCGUUCAAACAACUACUCUGAAGGGUAUUCACCAAGAGGAGGGCAGGCGAGAAGUCCAUACAAUCUGACUCUCAACCCUGGAGGAAGUAGUUCGGGAAGCGCGGCUGCCGUAGCGGCCAAUGUAGUGUCGUUUGCUUUGGGCACAGAAACUGAUGGCAGCGUCAUCAAUCCGGCAGAGCGAAACGCGAUCGUGGGUAUUAAACCGACUGUCGGCAUGACUUCGAGAGCUGGCGUGGUUCCAGAGAGCAUUCACCAAGACUCCGUGGGCACGUUCGGCAAGACGCUCCGCGAUGCCGCAUACGCAUUUGACGCCAUCUACGGCAUUGAUGAACGCGACAAUUAUACCAUCGCACAGGAAGGAAAGACACCGGCAGGUGGAUACAUGCAGUUCCUCACUGACAGGUCUGCGCUCCAAAACGCCACAUUCGGCCUUCCAUGGAAUAGCUUCUGGGUCUACGCAGACGAAGAACAGCAAGCGAUUCUCCUCACUCUAAUCUCUCUCAUCGAAUCCGCCGGUGCUACUGUAAUCAACAACACCGAGCUGCCCAAUUACGAAACCAUUGUCUCUCCCGAUGGCUGGAACUGGGACUACGGCAGCACGCGCGGUUAUCCCAACGAAUCCGAAUACACCGUCGUGAAAGUGGACUUCUACAACAACAUCAAAGCAUAUCUCUCCGAGCUCGAGAACACAGAUAUCCGCAGUCUCGAAGAUAUCGUAGCAUACAACUACGCAAAUGACGGCACAGAAGGCGGCAAUCCAUGGCCUUUAGGCAUCCCAGCUUUCUACUCUGGGCAGGACGGUUUCCUCGCUAGUCUCGAAACAAAAGGAGUAAUGGACGAAACAUACUACCAAGCGCUCUCGUUCUGCCAGCGCAGCACUCGCGAAGAGGGUAUUGACGCUGCGCUCGCGAACAACGGCCAGCCCCUCGAUGCACUCCUUGUGCCACCGGACAUCGGCCAAACAUACCAAAUUGCGGCCCAGGCUGGAUACCCCAUGAUCACGCUCCCCGCGGGGGUGCAUACGGAGACUGGCAUGCCUUUUGGACUUGCGCUUAUGGGCACUGCGUGGAGCGAGGGGAACUUACUAAAGUGGGCGAGUGCGAUAGAGGACCUGCAGUUUAGCAGUGGGACGGAGGCUAAGAGGACCCUGCCUAGGUGGUAUGGGUACUUGGAGAGGAAUGUUCCGGUGAGGAAUUUGUAGGAUUGGUAUUGGGUAGCCCGCGGGGCUUCAGGGUACUUAGCAAUUUUCGCUCGCUGAUGCCACACUACCUUUCAUAUUUGCCACUUUGCUGUAUCAUUCUCAGAUUUCUGCCGGCUCUCAACGUUGAAAAUGUGGAACCGAAGUUCGCGAUGAUGGGAAGUGCACUCGGGGCCUUCUCGGUGCCGGCUCCCUGGGUGGGAGACGGCGGCCUUCAAGAGGACAAAAUUGAGAGAGGCAGACGGAUGCAUUAGCAAUAAUUAGCUUGAUGGCAUGGGGAGGAGUCCGGUCUUGAUGAACGGUUACACAAAGCUCUGGACUCUAAGUUGG